UGCUGCAGACAGACCGAACAGACCAUCAUCAUCGGGGCAGCAAUAAGCAGAUCCUCAUCAUCACCACAGUCGGACGAGCUAGGCGAAAAGAAAAAAGUUAGGUGUAGCAGUACGGUCACGGAAAUUCAGUUUUUUAAUCGUAACACCCAGCAGCGCCGUUUUGAUUGGAAAAUUGGACUCGCCCUCGACGGAUUCGUGUCAAUCGCUAGCAGGUUCCAGUGUGCAAGCAGCAAAUACGACGGAGAAAGUACGGAUUAUUCCGGAAUCAAAAAGGAAAUUUGUUACCUGUUGUGUUGUUCUCGCGUGUUGAAAGCAACUCAAAGUCACAAUAAUGCAGGCCAUCAAGUGUGUCGUCGUUGGAGACGGUGCCGUCGGUAAAACCUGUCUGCUGAUCAGCUACACGACCAAUGCCUUCCCCGGCGAGUAUAUUCCGACCGUGUUCGACAACUACUCGGCCAACGUGAUGGUCGAUGGCAAACCGAUCAACCUGGGUCUGUGGGAUACGGCCGGUCAGGAAGAUUACGAUCGACUUCGACCGCUGUCCUAUCCGCAGACGGAUGUAUUUUUGAUUUGUUUCUCGUUGGUCAAUCCGGCCUCGUUCGAAAACGUCCGGGCCAAGUGGUAUCCGGAGGUGCGCCAUCACUGUCCCAACAUACCGAUUAUUCUGGUGGGCACCAAGCUGGAUCUGCGAGACGAUAAGAACACAGUCGACAAACUGCGGGACAAGAAGCUGUCGCCGAUCACUUACCCACAGGGUCUGGCCAUGGCCAAGGAAAUCGGCGCCGUCAAGUAUCUGGAAUGUUCGGCCCUGACACAGAAGGGUCUGAAGACGGUGUUCGAUGAAGCAAUUCGGGCCGUGCUGUGCCCCAUCAUUCCGGUGAAAAACAAACGUAAAUGUUCCAUUCUGUAAGCAUGUAAGCGCUUUCCAAUCACCACCCUCCUCCUAAGCAAAAAGAUUAUAAAAACAAUUCUUCCACCAAUCAAACCAAAAGAGAAAAAAAAAUGCAAACCUUGCUCGUAAAGUUCGAGUCCUAACUUUCCCCUGUUUCUCCCCAAAGUGUGAAUCAUCCCCCCUUUUCGCUAGUAGAUUCAAACAAAAACACUGUUCUAUACUUUUGCUAUUCCGAGAUUUACCGUAAAAAACAGUGCCCCUCAAUGUUAUGAUUGCUAUUUGCAUUUGUCGAAGUUGAACAAAAAAAAACUGUUAACGGAAGCCCAAAAUCAAAACUUUACACCAGUCACUAAGGGUGAAGGAAAGUGUGCUGAUGAAAUAACGAACGCACUCCGGAAACGGGAAAUUUGAUAAUCGACGAAAAUGGUCUGUUGGAAUGGUAGCGGAUGCGCCAAUUUAGUCGUUGGUGGUUUCUUUUCUGGGUCACGAGGAACAGGAUCUGGGAUAGGAACAGCCAGUCGCGAAGGAUUUCGAACUUGUAUUUAAAGGCUUACAACCUGUGACUUUUUGUGCAUUGAAUCAAAAACAUAAACCGCCGCAGCUCAUUUAAGUCCCUAGACGACGGAAGUGUCGAUCGUAGACUGUACAGUUUUUCUACGCAGCAUCCCGGCCCCCUCUCGCUCCUCGUUCUAUUUCUAUAGUUAGUACCCUAAACUAAAACAGUAAAGCUUCCAUACCAGUAGUAGCAAAUGGUAAACGUCCAGCGGAAUAAUAAUGAUCGUUUGUGCGUAUCGUUCCCCCAAGAAAAAAAAAUCACUGUUGGCGUUGAGCAGUUCUUAGAGAACUUGCUUUGUCACUUUUGUGUUCUGAGGGAUUGUGAAAAUAAAAAAAAAUCUAACAAAUGUGUGCAUUUUCGCACGCGGUCUGCUUUGCAAGCUAAUAUUGUAGAUGAAGACGAGAACAAAAAAAAAAUGGAAAAGCAAUUGGCAAACAUUAACAGACAAAUUCGUUCGUUAAUGAUGAGUUAGAGCAGAACUAGAAGAAAAAAAAACAACCAAAACUUUAUCGCACAGAGCAUUUUACACCCCUCCUCGUUGCAAAACAAGUAAGGAGUAAAAGAUUUUCCACACACUAUAGUGUGCUUGUGGUGAGAUAGAAAAGUUAUAGGAAAACGGGAAUUGGCUGAAUUGAACUUUGGAAAUGAGCGAUAAUUUUGUCUAUGAACAGUAAGUGGGAAAACUGAGACAAGCAAAAGUAAGAAAGUAGCAAUCCGUUUGCUGAAAAAGCGAAAUUCUACUGGAGCGAUAGUAAGCAGAGACAAUAUUAUCAUUGUGUUAUUACCCGUUGAAAUUUUUUGUGUUUAUUUUUUGUACUUUUGAAGUUCACAAAAGAGGUCUAGAUUAAGUUGUGAAAAAGCCCCCUCCGUCAUACUACAAUAUUAUUACUUGUACGUAUUUUUUUUCUGUUUUCAAGUUUUCUUUUGUAAAACCAAACAUCAAGAUCAAGUCAUUGGAGUUUUCAAAACGAAGCGAAAAGCUAAUGAGGGAACCGAGAUAUACAGGAUAUAAACCGGAUAUGAGAGCAAUGUAUUCUGGAUAACGAAAAAGUAUCCUUUGGGAUGUUCAGUAAAAAAACGUGAAAGAGGAAAACCGGAAAAACGUUAUAUCAGCGAGAUGAAACAUUUUCUUGUCUAACUAGUGUAAUGUUUUCUAAACCAAUCAACCAACCAACAAACAAACCAACCAGCUAUAAUUCAUUAAUCAAAGAAAUGAAACAGUGUGUGUGUUUGAGCUAAUAAUUCCUGUAUUGCGAAAGAAGAAAAAAUCAAACUAUAAUAGAAAAACAAAAAAAAAAUGGAUGUAUAAACGUAUACAGUCAACUAAAACACACACAAACCGGAAAUAAUUCACGCCUCCGCGCACUUCAUCUAUUUAAAGAUGAUGCAAGGCGAAAUCAGAGAGGAGAAAGAAACAAUAGCAUGUAUGUUUAAAAACUGUAAUAAUUAUUGAUUAAAUGUUGUAUAACAAACACAGAGGAGUUUUUUCUUUUUGUUUACUACUACUCUAGCUGUUAUAAACACUGACAUUGAAGUUCUACUAGGUUUUUUGAGAUCCGUUUUAUUUUGGGUAAAUUAAUCAAUCGCUUAACCAGUUUUGUCUUUGAUGGAGCCUAAACCAAAAACAAAAUAGCGGAAACUAACCGUGCUUUGCCAAACAGUAAGAAAAAACAAAUGAAAGAAUAGAAGGCGCUUUUUGUACUGGUUUUUGUCCUCCUUACUAAAUCUGUAUUGUCGCGACUGCCGCAAAAGAAAAUUGAACGAAAAUUCGGUCCCACUUGAUGUUUUAACGUGUAAGAAGGAAAGUAUAAACAAAAAGAAAUCUGUCGUAUUAGAGAACAAAAGAAGAUGAAAAAAAUUUAUUGAUAUAACAUUUUUAAUGAGUAUAAAUAUUACUAUUAUUAUUGAAUAAUAAAUAAUAAAAAAAACUAGAGAAAAUCCUC